AACAAUGCUUCGACUUCAACUACCGCUUCACCGGCAGCUUAUGCUCGACUGCCAUGGCUUCCUACCCUCGGCAUCGCCGCCGCUAUCUCGAUCUCCAUUCACUUCACUGCCUCCUAAGCUUCCAUUUUCUUCUUCUCGCUACCUCAAGCUCAAGACCUCACUUCCGCUUCGAACUUCCUGGUCUCGUGUCUUCUGCAAAUUUAAGGACUCAGAUAUUACAUCACAGCUGGAACUUGGGAAGCCCAUUGAGAAGCACAAGCCAGGGAAGCGCGUAAAUGGAAUUUUCUGGAUUCUACUUAUAAACCUAGGGAUAUAUGUAGCCGAUCACAUUCUCCAGGUUCGGGGUAUAAAAGCAUUGUAUUUGUACCAUAAUCACCCUGCUUGGUACCAGUUUGUGACUUCUACAUUCUGUCAUUUUAAUUGGAAUCACUUAUCAAGCAACCUUUUCUUCUUGUAUAUUUUUGGAAAACUUGUUGAAGAGGAAGAAGGAAACUUUGCCUUAUGGUUCUCUUAUCUACUAACCGGGGCUGGGGCAAACCUUGUUUCAUGGCUAGUUCUUCCUAGAAAUGCAGUUUCUAUUGGGUCAUCUGGUGCAGUAUUUGGACUGUUUGCAAUUAGUGUACUUGUCAAGAUGUCUUGGGAUUGGAGGAAGAUUCUUGAAGCGCUUAUAUUGGGCCAGUUUGUUGUGGAAAGGGUGAUGGAAGCUGCCCAAGCUUCGGCAGGAUUGACAGGUGGUUUGAAUGGAGGUUAUGCCUUACAGAGCGUCAAUCACGUUGCACAUCUCUCAGGUGCGUUAAUUGGUGUAGUUUUGAUAUGGCUUCUUAGUGGAAUCCCUUCACAACCAACUGAAACACACAAGGGGAAGAACAAGCGCUGAGUAUCCUUGCUGUCUCAUUCACUUGAUAAUUUUGGACUACACUGAAACUGUAAAUAGAUUUGGCCAUUUGGGGAUUACAUAGUGAAAUCCCUGUAACUCUAUGAAUGGUUGAGAAAAGGAUUAGAGUCUUUCUGGUUGGGCGCCAAAUCCUUCCAUUAUUGUACUAGCAUUGUUGUUGCUUUGAUAUAAAUAAUUAAUUUUUUUUAUAGGGAGUCAAA